UUGUUUGCUUAGAGCUCUCCAUGUCUCUAGCAUUUCAAUUUUCAGUGCAGUUGAAGAAGCAAACGUUGCUAUCCUAUUCGCCGCUUCUUUGAAAUUAGUCUUCUCCAUCCCUCUCCUUUCUAUAUAUAAAAUAAAUUCUUCCUAAUCACUCCCAUUUCUUUCACCGAACUUUCCCAAAACGUAAACACAACUAAAUAAAAUAUAAAAAAGAUCAAAUACAGGUAGCUUUCACAAUAUUCUAACCACUAAGCUUAAAUCACCAAUUUUCCCUUCUCCAAUGGCGAACGAUCCCGAGCAGCUGAUUGUCUCAUCCAUUGACAAGGGUGAAAAUUCGGUCAGUGAGAUUGAUAACGUGCGAGAACCACUUAUAGAAGGCGCACAUCAUGCUGAGAAUUACUCAAUACUAUCCGCAAUAUUUCCUUUUCUGUUCCCCGCCUUUGGAGGACUGCUUUAUGGUUAUGAUAUUGGAGCCACAUCCUCUGCUACAAUUUCCAUAGAGUCAGCUACGUUGAGUGGAAUUUCUUGGUAUGAUUUGUCUUCUGUGCAAACUGGUCUCAUAACUAGUGGUUCACUGUAUGGUGCUUUAAUUGGCUCUGCCAUUGCUUUCCAAAUUGCUGACUGGCUUGGGAGAAGAAGGGAGUUGAUUGUGUCUGCUUUGUUCUACUUUUUUGGAGCUUUGGUAACAGCAUUCGCUCCUGUCUAUGUCGUUAUGGUAAUUGGGCGCUUGCUGUAUGGUGUAGGAAUUGGACUGGCAAUGCAUGCUGCUCCCAUGUACAUUUCUGAGACGGCUCCCAGCCAGAUACGAGGAUUGCUGAUUUCUCUUAAGGAGUUCUUCAUUGUUUUUGGGAUGCUAGUUGGAUAUACAGUUGGAAGCCUUUUGAUAGAAACUGUUGCUGGUUGGCGAUAUAUGUAUGGAGUUAGUGCCCCUUUAGCAGUUAUUAUGGGAAUUGGAAUGUGGUGGCUUCCUUCGUCACCCAGGUGGAUUCUUCUAUGUGCUAUACAGGGGAAGGGUGAGUUCCAGGGUUUAAGAGAGAAGGCCAUAUGUUGCUUGUGCCAGAUUAGGGGAGCUGCAAUUGGUGAUUCACCAUCUCGUCAAGUAGAUGACAUUCUAUCUGAGCUUUCACAACUAAAUGAAGAAAAAGAGGCUACAAUAGGUGAGAUGUUUCAAGGAAAAUGCUUGAAAGCCCUGACAAUUGGUGCUGGACUGAUCUUGUUUCAACAGAUAACUGGGCAACCAAGUGUCUUGUAUUAUGCUGCGAAAAUUUUUCAGGAUGCGGGAUUUUCUGCUGCAGCUGAUGCUACAAGAGCUUCGAUUUUCCUUGCACUGUUGAAGCUCAUUAUGACCGGUGUAGCAGUUGUAGUUGUUGAUAAGCUUGGGAGGAGGCCUCUGCUUCUUGGAGGUGUGUCUGGGAUUGCAAUGUCACUUUUCCUCCUGGGAUCAUAUUACACUUACCUGGGUGAUAUACCAGCUGUGGCUGUUACUGCUCUGCUACUGUAUGUUGGCUGUUACCAGUUAUCAUUUGGUCCUAUUGGUUGGUUGAUGAUCUCAGAGAUCUUCCCUUUGCGCGUUAGAGGGCGAGGGUUGAGUAUUACAGUUCUUGUGAAUUUCGGUGCAAAUGCACUAGUGGCAUUUGCAUUUUCUCCUCUUCAGGACUUACUGGGAGCUGGAGCUGUAUUUUUCAUCUUUGGUGCCAUAGCUGUUUUAGCUCUAGUAUUCAUCUUCUUCAUAAUACCAGAGACAAAAGGGCUCAGUUUGGAAGAGAUUGAGGCAAAAUAUCUGUAGAACUCACAUCUUCCCCUCCACCUCUCGCCAAAUAGAAAGUUUGGGGUUAACC